AUGGCCUCUUAUCCCACCCUGAUCUUUUGCCCUGGGGCCUGGUACCCGCCCACGGCCUUUGAGCCCCUGAUCGCUCACUUCCCCGACCACACCACCCAUACCGUUGUAUUCCCCUCGAUCCAACAGGCCACCAGCGUCCAAGACCUACAGCCUGAUAUCGACGCGCUUCGAGCCCUGGUUGAGCAAGAAGCAAGCGCAGGAAAGGAUGUAGUCGUAAUAUCGCACAGCUGGUCCGGGCUGCCCGUAAACAGCGCUCUGGAUGGCCUCAGUAAGACCGAGCGACAAGCGGCAGGGGAGAAUGGCGGGGUAUCCAAAUUGAUCUUCAUUUCGGCGUUUAUCCCUGAUGUCGGCGAGAGCUUGAUCGGAGCCUUUGGUGGGGUUGCGCCUGACUGGUAUGACCGUGACGAAGCCAACGGCACUGUAAGUGCUGUUGAUCCAUACAGCCUCUUUUUCCAUGAUGUCCCCGAUGGAGAACAAUGGGCCCAGACCCUUCGUCCGCACGCCUGGGCGACUAAGAAUUCACCCGCCACCAGCACUGCUUAUGUCCCGAUUCCCAGUACCUAUCUGCUGUGUGAGAAUGAUCGUGCCAUCCCCCUCUUUGUCCAGGAGUUGAUGGUGGAGAAAGCUCGCGGGAAGGGCGCCCAGAUAACCACGGAGACCAUCGCUACUGGUCAUUCGCCGUGGCUGGUGGAUCCUGUGCCUGUGGCUGCUUUUGUGCAGCGAAGCCUGGUGUAG